AUGGACGUCGAAAGCUUGAAUGUGCCCGCUGAUGAGCAAAAUGAUACGGUGAACGAAGGGCCACGUAUCGACAAAGAGGAAAUCGAGCACGACGUAGAUGAUCAUUAUCAUACUGAUGGUCAAGAUGCCAGUCGUGUCAGAAAGCAUGAUGGCGUCGAUGACGAUGUCAGCGCUACCAGCACUGAUACAGCCGACGACGAGGUUGAAGAGGAUGAUGAUGACAUGGCAGAAGCAUCAUCACAAGGCUACGAUACGGAUGAUGACCUCGAUCGUCACUUCUUCAUCGACCACCAUAAGGUCAAAGAUGAAAUGGACAACGCGCGUGGUCGUCGCGAAGACAAUCGAAUAGACCACCUUGAAAGAGCGGUGGUGCUCGAGCUCGAACCUUUGCGUCAAUCAGCAAAUGAAAGACGAUGUCAAGACAGAGAGAAUUACAAGACAAUAAAUGAUGCUCAUGGUGACGGUAAGCCUGAUGAUGACGAAGAUGACCGAGAUGGCGAUGGUGAUCCCACUAAAGAUCCCUCGGACCAGAAGAAGAAUGGAACCCGCAUCUUCCUAGCGGUCACGUGA